CUGUCAUAACAAUCGAGUUACCAUACAGAUACUGCAUACGAGGACUGAAUUUUAAAUUUAUCCCCACCACGACAGGCUUUCACCAUGGGUACCGCUAUGUUUGCGAGAGUGACCUUCUAUCCGACUCUGUUGUAUAAUGUGCUGAUGGAAAAGGUGACCAGCAGACGAUGGUACGACAGGAUGGACGAUACAGUGAUCCUAGGAGCUCUGCCCUUUCAAGGAAUGACCAAACAAUUAAUAGAAGAUGAAAACAUUAAAGGAGUUGUUUCAAUGAAUGAGACGUACGAAUUAAAAAUAUUUUCCAAUGAUGGCGAGAAAUGGCGGGAACACGGUGUAGAAUUUCUUCAGCUGGCAACAACAGAUAUCUUCGAAGCACCGGACCAAGACAAACUCAUUGAAGGCGUACGGUUUAUUAACAGAUUUCUCCCUCAAUCAUCACAAAGCCUCUCAACCAGUGAUGAACGGACUCGCGGAACCGUGUACGUGCACUGCAAGGCUGGUCGCACGAGGAGUGCCACUCUGGUCGGGUGCUACCUCAUGAUGAGAAACGGCUGGUCUCCAAACGAGGCUGUAGACUACAUGAAGUCGCGCCGGCCACACAUACUCCUACACACGAAGCAAUGGCAGGCGCUAGAUAUAUUUUACAAAAGACAUGUCAAGACAUAGACAAUAAGAUUAUAGAUAAUAAUAACAGGAAGCGGAUUAGUCAUAGACUAAACAGAAUAUACAUUUUAUUAUUAUUAUUAGCAUGGAUUUUUAGAGGAUAUAGAAAACAGAACAAUGUUACCUCAGAUAUUUAUUUCGUUAUAAACAUAUAAUAUAUGAAUAUAUUAUGACUGGAGCAGCGCAGAGUUCAUUGUAUUUUGAUAGUAUAUUUUAUUAGCAUUUCGCGUUUGUAAUUUUUUUUAAUUAUUGUUAUAUGAUAAUUACACUCGAACGAAGUCGCGGCAAACAGCUUUGUUGAUCGGAAAUAUUCUAACUUAUUAUAUAUUGUAUUUUAAAUGUCAUUUCUUUAUAAAUAUAAAAUUAUUUAUAAAAAAUACUUCCAAAUAUAUAUUUACUAGUUAUACUUAACAAAAAAACUAUAAGACAUGGUGGUUAGUUAUUUAUUGAUGUAUAUAAACAUGUUCAAGAACAAAA